AUGAAGCCGAUUCUACUGCAAGGCCAUGAGCGGUCCAUUACGCAGAUCAAGUACAACCGCGAGGGAGACCUCCUGUUCACCGUGGCCAAGGACCCUACUGUCAACACUGGGACACCAAGCAUUGUUCUCACCGGCUCAGCUGACAACAGCUGUCGUCUCUGGGACUGUGAAACAGGGAAGCAGCUGGCCCUACUCAAAACCAACUCCGCUGUCCGGACCUGUGGCUUUGACUUUGGGGCGGUGGUCCUGAGUGUGGGGGCGGAGAUCUUCAUCACCCCGGAGCCUGCUCAGCCGGCCGAGGGGGACAACCUAACGCUGGUCGUCAGCGGUCUCUCUGGGGAGGUGCUCGCUUACAACUGGUACGCGGGUCCUUCGCUCAGCCUGGCCUACCUGCUGGCCAGCUACAUCAUCAGCACAGGCGAGGAGACCCCGGGCCCGGCCCACACUGGGCGGGAGGCCGUGCGCCCUGACGGUAGCCUGGAUAUUCAGGGGGCCCUUCCAGGGCACUCGAGCACCUACAUUCUUCAGACCUUCAACAGGCAGUUUCAGACGGAGGUGGGCUACGGACACGUGAAGGUCUAUGAGAUACUGACCCAGCCGGUGGUAAUGGCCAACAACAGCAUGGCGCUGGUAGAACAUCGGGACACACUACGUCUGCUGUGCAGCAGCCCCAGCCCAGCCGAGGCCCGCUGGUUCUUCAACGGACAGGUUAUCCGCCUCGGCCUGUCUCCCGACGGACGGACGCUGACCCGGCAAGGCAUCCGCAGGGAGGAGGCAGGGACCUACCAGUGUGAGGUCUGGAACCCGGUCAGUGUCAGCCGCAGCGAGCCCGUCAACCUGACCAUAUACUAUGGCCCAGAACGAGUGGCGAUUUUCCAGGAUUCCAUCGCCCGUACAGGCUGCACCAUCAAAGUGGACUUCAACACCUCCCUCACCUUGUGGUGUACGUCCCGGUCCUGCCCAGCGCCUGAGUAUGUGUGGGCCUUCAAUGGGCGGGCCCUAAAGAAUAGCCAGGACCAUUUCAACAUCACUAGCAUGACAGCAAGCCAGGAGGGUACAUACACAUGUAUUGUGAAGAACUCCAAGACCCUGAUCUCUGGAUCUGCCUCGGUGGUGGUCAAACUCUCUGCGGCAGCAGUUGCCAUGAUGAUCGUGCCCGUACCGACCAAGCCGACAGAAGGCCAGGACGUGACCCUGACUGUGCCUGGCUACCCCAAGGACAUGCUAGUCUACGCCUGGUACCGCGGGCCAGCCUCCGAACCCAACCGGCUGCUCAGCCAGCUGCCGUCGGGGAACUGGAUCGCGGGCCCGGCGCACACAGGCCGCGAGGUGGGCUUUGCCAACUGCUCACUGAUGGUGCAGAAACUGAACCUCACCGAUGCUGGGCGCUACACGCUCAAGACCGUCACACUGCAGGGCAAGACGGAGACGCUAGAGGUGGAGCUGCAGGUGGCCCGUGAGUGUGUGGAAGGGGGCGUGGCGUGGCGUGGCGGGGGCGGGGCCUCCUUUUCAGUCAGCCUCCUCCCUCGCAUGAGGAACAAUGCCACCUUCCUGAACCUGAACCUGGCACAGGCAGAGCAUGGGGCGGGGGAGGCCAUGGGGAGGACCAGGGUGGGCAGAGGGGACCUGGUUCUCUACAUCCCUGAUGGUUUCCUUCGCCUCCUUGCCCACCCGUCUCCCAUAGCCCUGGAGUAG